GGCAGAGCUUGGAGUGGGCGGGGCCUUUAGCGGGGCGGGGUCGGGCUCCUAGCCCUGGGCUGAGUCUCCCGGCGGCGGCGGGCGGCAGGGACCGGGUGCGGUGGAGGCGUCGGCCCCGGCAGGAGCAGCAUGGAUUGGGGCACCGAACUGUGGGAUCAGUUUGAGGUGCUCGAGCGGCACACGCAGUGGGGUCUGGACCUGUUGGACAGAUACGUGAAGUUCGUGAAAGAGCGGACGGAGGUGGAGCAGGCUUAUGCAAAGCAACUGCGGAGCCUGGUGAAAAAAUACAUGCCCAAAAGACCUGCCAAAGAUGACCCUGAAUCCAAGUUCAGCCAGCAACAGUCCUUCGUGCAGAUUCUGCAGGAGGUGAAUGAUUUUGCUGGCCAGCGGGAGCUGGUGGCCGAGAACCUCAGCGUGCGUGUAUGUCUGGAGCUGGCCAAGUACUCGCAGGAGAUGAAACAGGAGAGAAAGAUGCACUUCCAAGAAGGUCGUCGGGCCCAGCAGCAGCUGGAAAGUGGCUUCAAGCAGCUGGAGAAUAGUAAACGUAAAUUUGAACGGGACUGCAGGGAGGCUGAGAAGGCAGCCCAGACCGCUGAGAGGCUUGACCAGGAUAUCAACGCCACCAAGGCUGAUGUGGAGAAGGCCAAACAACAAGCCCACCUUCGGAGUCAUAUGGCAGAAGAAAGCAAAAAUGAGUAUGCAGCCCAACUACAGCGCUUCAACCGUGACCAGUCUCACUUCUAUUUUUCCCAGAUGCCCCAGAUAUUUGAUAAGCUGCAGGACAUGGACGAGCGGCGGGCCACCCACCUGGGGGCUGGUUACGGGCUCCUGUCAGAGACUGAGCUGGAGGUGGUACCCAUCAUUGCCAAGUGUUUGGAGGGCAUGAAGGUGGCUGCAGAUGCUGUGAAUGCCAAGAAUGAUUCCCAGGUCCUAAUUGAGCUGCACAAGUCAGGCUUUGCCCGUCCGGGUGACGUGGAAUUCGAAGACUUUAGCCAGCCCAUGAACCGUGUGCCCUCGGACAGCAGCCUGGGUACCCCCUCCGAUGGACGGCCAGAGCUCCGAGGCACGAGCCGCAGCCGGGCUAAGCGCUGGCCAUUCGGCAAGAAGAACAAGCCGUGUCCCCCACCUCUCUCCCCCCUGGGGGGCCCCCUACCCUCGGCAUUACCUAAUGGACCCCCGUCCCCCCGCUCCGGCCUCGACCCCUUGGCCAUACUGAGCGAGAUCAGUAAGUCGGUCAAACCGCGGCUAGCAUCCUUCCGCAGCCUUCGAGGCAGCCGUGGGACAGUGGUGACUGAGGAUUUCAGCCACUUGCCCCCGGAGCAGCAGAGAAAGCGACUGCAGCAGCAGCUGGAAGAACGGAACCGUGAACUCCAGAAGGAGAUGGACCAGAGGGAGGCCCUGAAGAAAAUGAAGGAUGUGUAUGAAAAGACACCCCAGAUGGGAGACCCAGCCAGCUUGGAACCCCGGAUCACGGAAACCCUGAACAACAUCGAACGGCUGAAACUGGAAGUACAGAAGUAUGAGGCUUGGCUGGCAGAAGCUGAGAGCCGAGUCCUAAGCAACCGGGGAGACACCCUGGGCCGGCACACCCGGCCUCCAGACCCCCCAGCCAGCGCGCCGCCGGACAGCAGCAGCAACAGCAACAAUGGAUCGCAAGAGAACAAGGAGAGCUCUGAAGAGCCCCCAUCUGAGGAGGGUCAGGAUGCCCCCAUCUACACGGAAUUUGAUGAGGAAUUUGAGGAGGAGCCCGCCUCCCCCAUUGGUCACUGUGUGGCCAUCUACCACUUUGAAGGGUCCAGCGAGGGCACCAUCUCCAUGGCUGAGGGCGAGGACCUCAGUCUCAUGGAAGAAGACAAAGGCGACGGGUGGACCCGGGUCAGGCGGAAACAGGGGGGUGAGGGCUACGUGCCCACCUCUUACCUCCGCGUCAUGCUCAACUGAACCCUGCUGGAAGCGGGAAGAGGGGGGCUGUUGGCUGCUGCUUCUGGGCCACGGGGGGCCCCAGGACCUACGCACUUUAUUUCUGCCCCCGUGGCUUUGGCUGAGACCUGUGUAACCUGCUGCCCCCCACCCCCUCACUCCUCUCCCCAGAUGGACCCGCUGUGCCUUCUACCAUUGAUGUACAUACUCAUGUUUCGAAUCUUUUUUCUUCCUGCCGCUCGGCUAGGGUCAUUUUGUUUUAUAUAAAAAAUGAUGAAAAACUC